AUGGCCACUGCCGCCGCCGCUCCAGCAUCUGUGGCGCCGUCCCUUGCACCCAAGGCCAACGACAGCAGGAAGGCGGUGGUGCCCGUGGACACGUCGGAGCUGGAGAAGCACGUGCUGGCGGUGGACGACAAAUCCGUGGACUGCGCCGCGAUCGCUAGGAUCCUGCGCGGCUCCAGGUAUAGGGUGACCGCCGUGGAGUCGGCGACGCGCGCGCUGGAGUUGCUCGUGAUGGGCCUGCUCCCCGACAUGAGCAUGAUCAUCACCGACUACUGGAUGCCUGGGAUGACCGGGUACGAGCUGCUCAAGCGCGUCAAGGAAUCGGCGGCGCUUAGGGGCAUCUACGUCGUCAUCAUGUCGUCUAUGACCAUCGCAGGCGAGCUCGGGACCAGAUCCACUGCGGGCAACUCGAGCGGAAGGGCCAUGGAGACGCCGCCGCCUUUCCAGAAGUUCAGCCACUGCGACGUCUGCCGCUGGAGCAAAUCCACCUAG